CAGCACCAUUCCAAGCCGAAAAUAGCUCGCCCCCGAACGAUGAGCGACUCGAUCUCACAGACCAAGGUGCCGCAGGAUGAGUUUGAAGUGCUGCAACAACUGGGCGAAGGUUCAUACGGCAAAGUGUACAAGGCCCUGAAUCGGCUCACUGCCCGCGUGGUGGCGCUCAAGGUUGUGCCGAUUGAAACCGACGACAAAGAGAUGAUGGAGUUGACCAAGGAAAUCCGCAUUUUGGAAAAAUGCAGUUCGCCGUUCAUUGUUCAGUACUACGGCAGCAUCCUCUACGAGAACAACCUAUGGAUCGAAAUGGAGUUUUGCGAAGCAGGUUCGGUCGCCGACAUGAUGCGGGUGUCUCAGACGUGCCUGACCGAGAAAGAAGUGGCUGGCGUGUGUGCCAACAUUGUCAAGGGCCUCGCGUACCUCCACGAGCAAAAGAACAUCCAUCGAGACAUCAAGGCAGGCAACGUGCUCUUGUCUUCGUCGGGCUUGGCCAAGCUCGCGGACUUUGGUGUGUCUGCGCAACUCACCAACACAAUCAACAAACGCAAGACGGUCAUUGGCACGCCGUUCUGGAUGGCACCAGAAGUGAUCCAGGAAACCCAAUAUGAUGGCAAGGCGGACAUUUGGUCGCUGGGCAUCACCGCCAUUGAAAUGGCCGAAGGCGACCCCCCGCUGAGCAACAUGCACCCCAUGCGAGCCAUUUUCAUGAUUCCAAGCCGACCGCCGCCGACGCUGGGUGACCCGUCGCGGUUUUCGCCGCAAUUUGCCGACUUUCUCGCCAUGUGUUUGAAAAAGGAUGCGACCCAACGACCAAGUGCCGAAGCGCUCCUGGCCCAUCCGUUUGUCAAGAAAGACGUGGACAAGCUCGAGCAUGUGUUGCCAGGGGGGCUGCCUGCGCUGCAAGAAUUGGUCGAUCGAAACUUGGAUGCGCUGAGCCAAGACCGCGAAGGACCUGUGGACAUGAACGAUGUGCAAAUCCAUGGCGUGGAUGACACUAGUAGUAGUUGUAGCGGCACGAUGGUGAAUGUGAAUCCGAUAGACGCCGAGAGGCGUGACGACGCUGGGUAUGGGACAAUGGUCUUUCGAGGAAACACGGGCAAGGGACUCAAGCCGGGAUCGAGGGACACGACCGAGUUGUACGGCACCGUCGUGAAUCGAGGUGACGACGACACAGCCCAUGCUAUGGUUUCUCAUGGGAUUCUAGGGUCCAUAGUCGUGCAAUCGGCCGAGGCAGUGAAGGAGUUGUCCAAGAAGAGCAGUGAACCGUCGUUCAUGAAGUACUUUCGAAUGGGGAGCGACUUGUCGGCAAACGCAGAAGGGAACUUGAUCUUGUCCAAAGACAGCACAAUCCGACCUAGUUCAGCCACCGGCGACGUAUGUUUGGUCAUUGUCGGUGUAUGAUGAUACCAUUCGGUGGGAUUGUAGGUGCAAUCCAUAACCCAAGACCUGCUGCAGCUGGAGGCCAGGUACAACGCCGAUCGCGCCGCCUUGGAGGAGGCGUACCUCAUGGAGAAAGCGCGGCUGGAAGGCAAGUUGACCGCGGCAGCUCGCGACUGAUCAACACUCUCCACCAGUUCUUAAUAAAAAUCGUUUUUCAUUAACCAGAAAAAGCAAGGUGAAAUAGGCAAUUUUGUAUGAAGCGCAAGGUGAACCACCUUGGGAAUUCCAUAAAUAAUUCUGAAAUUGUAUGAUUUCAAUUAAAUAUAUCUUCAAGUUUGU